GGGAGCCUCGGGGCCUCGGAGGGAGAGCAGGAUCAGGGGGUUCUGCUGAGGAAAGGAGGGUCCCGGCUUCACCUGCGGGGUGCGCUGGAAGCCGCGACCUUUCAAUCCAGGGCAGGCGGCGGGUGCUCCUCCCAGGCGGGUGGACAGGCCUGGGAGUGGGGCCGGUCGGAGUAGGGAAUGAGUCGGAAUGAGAAGGACCCAGAUCUAUGAGGAAAGGAGAGGUCUGAGUACCUCCCGACGUAUAGGUGGAGAAUGGGGCCCCCGGGGAUGUCAGGGGAUGGGGAAACCCUGGUUUCUGAGGAUCGGAGAGAAGAUAAUCGAGGUGAAGAAGCUCAGCGUCCCCCCACUUUCUGAAAUAUCAGGGGAAUUGGCCCGGGGGAACCUGACCUGAGGGUCCAGGUGAAGGCGCGUCGAGCCUUGAGUGAGGCUCAGGGAAAGGCUUGGCUCUCCCAGGAGUGGAAGGAGACCGGCAUUGCCCUCUCAAGAUGAAAUGAAGAUCAAAACCACGUUAUAGCAGAUACAAAAGAGGCUUUGAUGUCUGCUCAGGAGAACCAAGAAGUGGGUUUUAUUCUCAGCCUGGAAGAUGAAAGGGAGGAACAGCAGCUUCAGCUAUCUGACUUCAUGUGAAAGAUGGCUAAUGCAGAAGUGAGUGUCCCAGUGGGGGAUGUGGUUGUGGUACCCACUGAAGGAAAUGAUGGGGAGAACCCUGAAGACACUAAAACCCAAGUGAUCUUGCAGUUACAGCCUGUGCAACAAGGUUUGUUUAUCGAUGGACACUUUUACAACAGGAUUUAUGAAGCUGGGUCCGAGAACAACACAGCAGUUGUGGCAGUAGAAACUCACACGAUACACAAAAUUGAAGAAGGGAUUGAUGCAAGCACUAUAGAAGCAAAUGAAGAUAUGGAAAUUGCUUACCCCAUAACUUGUGGGGAGAGCAAAGCCAUUCUUCUCUGGAAGAAGUUUGUAUGUCCAGGAAUAAAUGUGAAAUGUGUCAAGUUCAAUGAUCAGUUGAUCAGCCCCAAACAUUUUGUUCAUCUGGCUGGCAAGUCCACCCUAAAAGACUGGAAGAGAGCUAUUCGUCUGGGGGGAAUCAUGCUCAGGAAAAUGAUGGACUCUGGACAGAUUGAUUUUUACCAACAUGACAAGGUUUGCUCCAAUACCUGCAGAAGUACCAAAUUUGAUCUUCUGAUCAGCAGUGCAAGAGCUCCAGUGCCAGGACAGCAGACAAGUGUGGUGCAGACACCCACUUCGGUCGAUGGUAACAUCACACAGAUUGCCAUCUCAGAAGAGAGCAUGGAAGAAGCAGGGUUAGAAUGGAACUCAGCUCUCACUGCUGCUGUCACCAUGGCCACAGAAGAGGGAGUGAAGAAAGACUCAGAGGAAAUUUCAGAGGACACUUUGAUGUUCUGGAAAGGAAUAGCUGAUGUAGGGCUGAUGGAAGAGGUUGUAUGCAACAUACAGAAGGAAAUAGAGGAGCUACUCAGGGGAGAUCAGCAGCGGCUCAUUCAAGCGCCCUUCCAGGUCACAGAUGCUGCUGUUCUCAAUAAUGUGGCACACACAUUUGGCCUAAUGGACACAGUUAAGAAGGUUUUGGACAACAGAAGGAACCAAAUAGAGCAAGGAGAAGAGCAGUUUCUCUAUACUCUGACAGACUUGGAACGCCAGUUGGAAGAGCAGAAGAAACAAGCUCAGGAUCAGAGGCUGAAAUCCCAGACAGUUCAAAAUGUGGUAUUGAUGCCUGUGAGCACUCCUAAGCCUCCAAAAAGGCCUCGACUCCAGCGGCCAGCCUCCACCACCGUCCUGAGCUCAUCUCCUCCUGUCCAGCAGCCUCAGUUCACAGUCAUCUCACCCAUCACGAUCACCCCAGUGGGUCAGUCAUUUUCCAUGGGCAAUCUUCCAGUGGCCACCCUCAGCCAGGGCUCCAGUCCUGUGACUGUCCACACACUGCCUUCUGGCCCUCAGCUCUUCCGCUAUGCCACAGUGGUCUCCUCUGCCAAGAGCAGCUCACCAGACACAGUGACCAUCCACCCUUCUUCUAGCUUGGCGCUGCUAAGCUCUACUGCCAUGCAGGAUGGGAAUACCCUGGGCAACAUGACCACUAUGGUGAGCCCUGUGGAGUUGGUGGCCAUGGAGUCUGGCCUGACCUCAGCAAUCCAGGCUGUUGAAAGCACCUCAGAGGAUGGGCAGACCAUCAUUGAGAUUGACCCAGCCCCAGACCCAGAGGCUGAGGAUACUGAGGGCAAAGCAGUCAUUUUGGAGACAGAGCUUAGGACUGAGGAGAAAGUUGUGGCUGAGAUGGAAGAACAUCAGCAUCAAGUCCACAAUGUGGAGAUUGUGGUCUUAGAGGAUUAACUGGGGAUUUGGGGCCAGGAAAUAUGUUUUGGUUUGAAAUUUUAAAUAUUUGUUUACUGUUAUCAUUGUCCCACUCAUUUCCAUGUAGGAUCCUUUUUUUAAAAAGAAAAACAAAUCUCAUUGAUGUAACUGAAUACGUUGGGUCCCUCCCACCCCCUCAUUGAAAAAAUGGACAAAACAAGCUGUCCUUCCAGAAGUUGAGAGUAGGUCACUCAAUGUCCUCAUCCUCUUGCACCAAGAAAGUUAUUUCUUUUAGGAGAGGCAUCAAGAUAACCAGAAACCUAUUCCAAAAGCCCUUUCCAGGCUAAUCUAUCUGUGUACGCAUGUGGUUUUAUUUUCUUAAAGAUGCAUUGACCAAACUGUAGAACACAGACCUGAUAAUGGAAGGCAACCCACUCACACAUGGAUGCAGAAGGAAAUUUAUUUUGUAUCCUGGAAUGGGCCCUUCGAGGCCAGUGCAAAACUCUGAAAGGAAGUUGAACUCUGCUGGAGGGGGAACUCUGUUGCUUGGAGCAGCAGUUUAAAAAGGGAAGUGCUUUGCCAGGAUGGGGCAAAGAAAUUACCUUAUUUCCAGAAGUGCAACUGAUGCCUCUUGGUACCUCUGAGGGUUACCACUAUAGGUGCCAUUUUGAGGAGAGGCCAGUGGUAAGUGGAAGGUACAUUGGCAUGGAGCAAGUAGCAUCAGGAGAACUAGAAAUCCAGGGAUGUCACAGCUGCGCUUUGGGACUCAACCCCACCUUGCCCCCAACUUUGUCAAAGCACUUACCUUUCUAAACUAGGAUCAGUCCAUUACUCCGUGAACUGUGUGAUAUGGUGUAAAUUGCUCUGGUUCUUGGACUGUGGCUGUUGUGGGGUGAGGCUCCAAGCCCAUCAUUUUAUUGCAUGACUCCAGGAGCAGAGGAAUUCUUCAUCCAGACCAGCUGCCCUUUUUGGUGGGGCCCUCUUUUGGCUUUGGAACCAAAAGCAGCCACUCAUUUGGUGCUUCCUCUUGUUCUACCCUCUAUCCCUUAACUGUUAAUGGCAUCUGUCUCCUGGAUCCCAUGCUCUUCAGCUUUUUAGCUGAUUUGGAGAACAGUGACAGGUGCCUGCCUUCAUCCCCUUCUAGAGUCAUUUAUACCACAGAUCUUUCUGUGAGACUGAGCUCGUAAAAAAAGCCUUAGGCUUGGCAGGAAGACUCAACACCCCUAGCCUAUCCUGAGGCACCGAAUGGAUGUCUCCUACUGAGCAAGCUGGACUCCCUGGGAAAGAAGCAUUGUCUGCAACAUUAUGUUAUAGGAAAUGUACCAGAAAUGUCAAUAAUAAUGUCUUUGGGGGGUGUGUGUCUUGUUUUCUUUCUUUUUUAAUGUUUUUUGUAUAUUUAGAGCUGGGCCAUUUUCUGUGCUUUGAUUACUUCUCUUUGGCCAUCUUCAGUGUUUGGGGUAAGAGUGGACCCUGGUUUUUAUUUCUUUUGGUUGCAUUGUUUACUGCAUUAGGAAAAAUAUAGGGAAACUGCAGACAGUAUAAAGGAAAAAUAGGUCAAAAAAGCACACACCUAAGGAGUGGGAGGGUUUUUGUUUUUGUUUUUAAUUAAAACUUAGACCUGUAGUUACUUUUUUUUUUUAAGAAGGCACCCACUUGAAGCCAUGUUUCUUCCAGCAGAUGUUGGAAACCCUGUUGUCAAGCAAGUGGAAACAGUUCUGCUACCCCUCAGAAGGAUGUAUAUAGCUGGAGAAGCCCUUUAACUUAGGAAGGUCAGUCAUAAAAGCCUUAAGGGUGAGAUUUCUGAACCCCAUACAGUUGUAGUUUUCAACUUUAAAAUUGUCUUGGGGUUGUAUUUUUCUUUUCAAAAUAUUUAAUAGAUGUAGCAGUCAGCUUAGAAUAGACCUUUGGCCCUUUAUAUAUCUUUAGUGAGGAAAGUGGCUUUUUUUUUCUUGCUUCUUUAGGUUUUCUGUUAGUACAUAAACAAAACCAGUAUUUCUGUCUAAGAGUAAAACUGCUACUUGAACCUAGAAAGGAAUAUCAUCCCUAUUGUGGUUUUUAGGGACAUUUUUCUCUUUCCCAGAGACAGGAGUCCCAUUUCAGGACAGAGGAGCAGCCCUGGAGAACACUUAUACACUAGUUCAGGUUCCUUUCUUCCCUCCAUCAGAGCUUUUGGUAGUGUUUUAAAGUAGUGUGAACAUUAUGCUUCCAAAGUCAAGAGAUUUCCUGCUAACAGAGCCUGUUUACUUUUACUUUCUGUAUAUUCCAGCUAGUGGAAAUACAUGAGCUUUGUUGUUUUCUGGUCUUCCAAUAGCUUGUCAUUAUUGCUAGAUGCUAUAACACCCAUUGUUGAGUGGGAGUUCCCUCACAGCCCUGGUGUAAAUGAUCUUAUAUGGGGUGAGACAUAUUCAAGCCAUUGGUCUGUGCACAGGCAUUUUCAAUGAAUCAUUCCUCAGGUUGACUUUGCAGUAGCCAUCUAUCUUUCUGUUCAUUCAUUCAAUAAACAUUUAUAAGUAUGA